AUGCAGAUAUUUACAGAGAAUGAGAAACAACAAACUAUUUCUGAAACACACGUAGAAUAUCUUGAAUUAGCUACAAAUUAUUAUGAAGCAGACAAUUUAUCAGAUUUAAUAUCUAAUGAUAUAAUGCUUAGCAAAGAUAUUUUUUUUAAUCCUGCGGCCAGUUGUAUUCAAGAGGAUUCAGAUCAAGAUGAUAAUAAUAUUACUAACCAUGAAUUUAAUUCAUAUUUGUUAUUAUCAAGGGUUCCAAGUGAAACAGACAUCCUUCA